AUGCGUUACUUUAAAAGUGAUUACAAGGUCAGUGACCUUUUAAAGAAUUUUUUAUUAGACGAAAUGCCUUGAGAAAAUGAUUACAUGUUUCGUUUCGUUCCUUUUCUUUUCUUUCUCCCAAUCAAGUUAAUGAAAAAUGAACUUAGAUGUCCUUAACAAUGGGCGCCGCGUCCUAGCGCUUUCAUCAAAACGCCGUAGUUUAUGUACGAUGAAUUGUUAUAGCUGAUACAUUAAUUAUGUGAUGUUUGUGUUUUUUUCAGGUUCAUGUGUCAUCAACUUCAAGGGUCCCUGAUCAUUGUAGACCUUAUGCCCUCAGUCUUGCUAACGAUUCCAAUUUUACCACCACGUGUAAUCAUCAGCACGAUCUAGUUUGUGAUAGGUGCAACCUGUUUCCUGCUGUUGUCCAAGAAUUAGAGUUACAGGUGGAAAAGGCUAGGAUUCCUCACGAAGACAAAGAAGAAAUGAAGUUUGUGGUGGCGCAGUCAAAGAAGAACAUAGAAGCCUGGAAAGCACACAUAUUACGCUUCAUCAAUCAAGAUGAGGCCCGCCUUGACAUCCUGAAAGCAGUAGAUGACAGCUGUGUAUUGGUGGUGCUAGAUUGGGCAAUGAAGUUCAUCCCAAGAAAGUACAGAGAGAGCCAGGCGGACUGGUUUGGUAAGAGAGGCCUCUCCUGGCAAAUUAGUGUGGCAAUGAAAAAGCCUCCUGGAAAAACCUUGCAGACGCUGACUCUUGUCCACGUGUUUCAGAAAAGUAACCAAGACAGUCUGUAUGUGUUGGCCGUCAUCGAUGAUGUAAUCGAAAAGCUAAAGACUGCAAUACCUGGGUUGAAAUCUGUGAGCUUCAGACAGGACAACGCUGGUUGCUACCACAGCGCUGCUACCAUACUUGGGAUACAUCAACUCGCCGUAAAGCACAAUGUGUGCGUGCGAAUGGAUUUUUCUGAUCCUCAAGGCGGGAAGGGACCAUGUGAUCGCAAAUCUGCUUCUAUAAAGAAUCAUAUGCGUUCAUACCUCAACUCUGGCCAUGACAUCUCGUCUGCACAAGACAUGAAAUCAGCUAUAGAGUCCAAUGGCGGUGUACGUGGUGUUGCGACUAUACUGUGUGGUCCUCUAACCAUCCCUGACCCAAGUCCUUUUCCAAAAUGGGAAGGUGUUAGCCUUAUCAAUGACAUCCAAUUCAAGACCGAGGAGAUGAAGGUUUGGAGAGCUUAUGACGUUGGACAUGGUAAAAGCGUUCCCUAUAGCAAUUUCACUCAAACGAAGAAGACUGAACUUCCAUCGCUUACCAAGAUUACCGAUGUCCCCAGCACUAAUCUUGUAUUCUGUGAAGUCACGCCAAGGAAAUGUCAUGUCGCCAAAGACAAAGACACGAAGACAUCCGCCGAUGACGACAGCAGAGACACAGACGAGGAUACGCUUUUCACCUGUCCAGAAGAUGGAUGUGUGAAAACCUUCCAACGGUUUUCAUCCCUCCGGAAGCAUCUGGAUGGAGGCAGGCACAAGUACGCCCUCGAGAGGGAGUCAUUCCUUGAUAAAGCAAUGCUACGCUAUGCUGAAAAUUUAGAAAGUGGGGCUGCAUCCAUAGUAGGCAAGUCGAGGAGAUUGCUGAAGAAUCAAAGGUGCCUUCGAUAAAGAUGGGAUGGGCGCUAAAACGUGUUUCCACAAGUCGACACCGUUUCAAUGAGAAGCAAAAAAAGUACCUCAUCGACAUAUUUCUUCUUGGCGAGCAGACAGGGCAAAAAGCAGAUGCUAGUGAUGUCUCAAAAUCAAUGAGAAAAGCGCGCAAUGCAGAUGGUUCUCUUCUUUUCCUGUCUAAUGAAUACAUGACAUCACAGCAGAUUACCAGCUUCUUUUCCCGUACAGCCGCCAAGAAAUCGAUUCAAGUUACAUCAGCUUCGAAUCUUGACCUCGAUGAUGACGAUGACCUUGAUGACUUGGUCUCCGCCAUGGCAGAGAAAGAGCUUCAGCAAAUGCGUGAAGAAAUAUUGAAUGAUAUUUCUAUCCAACACCGAAUCACAUACGAAUCCUAUAACAUAUGCGAAAUGGCCACCGCGUCCAAGCUUUCAAAGUUUUCUAUAGCAAUGUUACAGGAAAUCUGCAAGCACUACGAACUUGACACUUCAAGUAUAAAGCAGAAAAGGAAACAGCCAUACAUAGACUUGCUGGACGAAUUG